AUGGCGCAGCCAACCUCUGCCGAAGCGAACGGCGCAUCGACGCCUGUCAACGACGAGAAUGGACACCUCGCCGUCCCGGGAAAGCGAAAACGCGACAAUGACGACGAUGCGGGUGCGGACGACAUGACGGGCGUCGAGGAACAAAAGUUGACUACACCCCACCGAUGGGCUAGAGGGGCGCAAAAAGAUCUGAUAAAGAACUACUUUGAGGUUUUGAAGAGCUUCGAUGUCGAGCCCGCCAUCCUCAAACGGCCCCUAGAAGACCCGCAACCUCAAGACGAGCCUGACACGAAGCGGCAAAAGUCCUCCGAACCGCCGUCGCUGAAAACAAUAUCGGACAAGAUCGCUGCCGAUGCCUACACCCACGUUGAGGACAUCGCCGCUGACGUUGUAUCUGCGGCUGACGCUGCACUGUCGGAAAUCAGGGCCAAGGCCCCAGAUGGUUCUGGCAGUGUGGAGAGUACAAAAGCGAUCGCUCGUAUUACUGAAUUCAAAGCACAAGCUACUGCUCUGCUUGAGCGGGAAAAGGCAUACCCCAAGGUCGCUUCAUCGGAGGUCUUGGAUGGUGGAGAGGAAUCCAAGGCUGCAUCGCGUAAGAGCCAGGCCAUAUUAUCGGUAGUUGGCUACGCGCCGCAAGAGAGGCGGCUCUUUUCGAGUCUGCCAUUGUCUCACGACAUUGAUCUGACAGAGUUCAACCUGCCACCUGGCGUUACGUUUUCGCGCACUGUCCCCUCCAACUCCCAAGAAAGAACACAGACUUUGGGCGAAUUAUUUGGUCCUCCUCGCCCUCUCCCUUCUCUGCAGCCGCCUAAGCAGCCCAAGACUCAGGCAAAGGGGAACACACUAGACUUUUAUCACCCAGAGUUAGCCGAUACAGCCAAGUAUCGGGGGUCCUGCUAUUUCAGCACGAAGCUGUCGUCCGGCUACUACCUCGAUUAUGCCAAUGCAACGCCUUCAUACCAAGCCAAAACCAAACAGCGAGAACGCGCCCAAAGUCUUGCGGGCAAGAAGCCCUCUACAUCCGAGUUGGAGAUGUCGGAGAUGGAGGCGCUUUUCAGAGGCGCCUUCUCCAGUUUCGCCCCCUGCAAAGAUGAUGCAGGUGCUGUAAUUCCAUCAGGCAUUGCUGGUAGGAUGUGGUGGCAAAAGAAUGGCUCGAAAAGCUUCCAGAGGAUGGUUGAGGUCGAGUAUUAUCCUGAAAUAGCAGAUGCGGAUGCCUUCAGCGACAACACCAAAGUCGAAGAACUGGACGAGGAUGCUGUGCAGGAUGCCAUUGACCAUUGGGAUGACAGUGCCAUUGACCCUACACUGGAAGACGCCAUUGGCUCCAAACGUGAUGACGGCGAGAAGGAGGCUGAUGAUAUUCUUGAUGAGGUCAGCGACUUGAUUGAGACUCUGGCGUCCUAUCAGCGCAUUCGGAACCUUACCCUACCAAAUUCCCAAAACCGACAGUCCAGCGACCCCGUUAAUGGCGACAUGCUGGCUAAUUCUGGACCUCAACCGUCUGAAGAAGAGCAGGCCACGUACGAGAUGCUCAAGGCUCAGCUGGCCUUGAUUAUCAAGACCCUACCUCCGUACGCGGUGGCCAAGUUGAAUGGAGACCAGCUGGAUGACUUGCUCAUCAGCACCAAGGUUCAGGUUCAAACGGAUCAAUAUCGCGGCGUCAUGGAGGAAGACGACGCCGGUGUACAGGCUCGUAUUCGAGCGCAACAACAAGCUGCGGCUGCGCAGGCUGCUCAGGCUAAUGCUCGACCACCUUCGCAACAACGGUCUGCUAGUAUUUCGACACCCUAUGCCAACCAGUAUCAGCAUGCGCCGCAGUACGCUACACCAACGCGAACUCCCUCUCAUCCUCAGCAAUACUUCCGAUCCAUGCCCACACCAAAUUUCCAACAGCCUCGAAACAUGGGCAGUCCCGCGCAGCAACAAGCCAGGACGCCGCAACCGAACCAGUAUACUCGGCCGAACGGCUAUCCCAACCAGUAUGCUACGCAACUGGCUAAAGCUCAGACACCCUAUGGCCACCAGAACAUGCCUCAGUAUGCCAAUCAACAACGACCACCACAAUACGGUCAACUUCAACAGCAGGGUCCGCCGAAUGCUGCUCGAUUCCAAUACCAGCAGGCAUAUCAGCAUCAACAACACCAACAACACCAGCAACAUCAGGGACAGCCCGGCACUCCCGGCCAGCCCAAUUAUGCGGCGUAUACAAAUGGUGCCGGCAUGCCGCCCCGGAACAUGUCGCCUCAAAUCCCUCAACAACGGCAUGCAUAUAGCCCGUCUCCAAACAUGCAGCAAGCUCAACGGUUCGGAGUCCCUGGUCAGGGAAAUCCGCAAAUGGCAAGGCACGCCAGCAAUCCGGGACAGCAUCCUCAAUAUAAUCAAUCCCCGGGGUUGACUGGAUACCAUACCGUCAUUCCGGAAGCCCAACAACAGCGCAUCUUGGAACAAGCGAAAGCCCGAGUUGCCGCACAAGAGAGAUCCGCCAUGUUUGGUGAAAAGAUGGCUCAGCCAGGUUUCGCCGGUAUGGCCAUGGGUUAUCCCGGGAACAUGGAUGCCAGCAGACUUGCUGCAGCACGCGCAAAUAUGAUGAACCAGCAGAAGCCACAGACACCUGUUGGCCAGCGGCAAGGGAUGAAUGGCACACCCCAACCACAAUAUGGUCCUCCGUCCAAAGUGACGCCUGUUCCAGUGCCUCCAAUCCCGGGUGCCGGGCAGCAGCAGCAUGGACAACCACAACAGAUGCAGCAACCGCAUCAGCAACAUGUACCAAAUCCGGAAUCAUAA